UGUCAAUGCGAACUAUUUGAAAAUAUAGAAAACUAUUCUCAUGAAUAAUUCAUAUAAUAACUAAAAGAAAGCGAUAAAGAUGUAAUAGGAUUAGAACAUUGUGAUGGACAUUAUUUUCAUUUAGAAUGCAUUUCUUAAAUGGUCUCUGAGACAUAUACCAAAUGUCCUAUUUGCUCUAAAAUAUAUGGUGUUAUGAUUGGUGAUUAACCUGAUGGUAAAUUAAAAAUUAAUUUAAGAAAUUUCUCUUGUGAUGGCUAUGAAAAUUAUAAAACUAUUAUUAUGGAUAUGGAUAUGUAUGCAACUGUAAAGAAUGGUAUACAUAUUUCUCCUACUUAUAGAGUUGCUUAUCUUCCUGAUACAGAAGAAGGUAGAGAAGUAAGAGAUUUGAUAAAACUAGCUUUCGAAAGAAAACUUAUUUUUACGAUUGGAAGAAGUGUUACUACAGGAAAAGAUAAUAGAAUUGUUUGGAAUGGAAUUCAUAUGAAAACUAAUACAAACGGAGGAAGUGCUAAUUUUGGCUAUCCUGAUGAGACUUAUUUAAAAAGAGUAAAAUAAGAAUUAACAUUAAAAGGAAUAUAUUGA